AUGCGGCCUACUAUUCCACUUUCACUUGGUCGUCUUUCUGGUAAAACGGCACUUAUAACAGGGGCUGGGUCUGGAAUCGGCGAAGGCAUAGCUAAAUUCUUCACAAAAGAGGGUGCAAAUGUUAUCAUCGCAGAUAUCGCAAAAGAUGGAGGAGAGCGUGUCCAGAAGGAUAUCCAACAAUCUCAUCUUGAAGGCCAUGGUCGGGCUUUAUUUCUCAAGUUUGAUUGUACGGCAAGUCGAGCAUGGAAAGAUGGCCUGAAGCUCGCUCGCGAUGAAUUUGGCAAGCUGGAUAUCGUGGUGAAUAACGCUGGUACAACAUACAACAAAAAGCCCAGUGUUGAAGUUACCGAAGCGGAGUUCGACAAGAUCAUUGCUGUCAAUACUAAGAGCAUCUAUCAUAGUGUUGUUGAGGUCAUGCCUUACAUGGCAGAGCAGCGCCGGGGUGUUUUUAUCAAUACAUCAUCGGUAGCUGGAUUCAAGGUGCGACCUGGACAAGUGUUUUAUGGUGGGACCAAGGGCUUUGUGAACACCAUCACACAGGGACUAGCUGCAGAAUGGGGCCCAUAUAAUAUUCGAGUGAACUCGAUCUGUCCACUACGAUCUCCCACGGCUCUAUUAGAAAAGUUUUCUGGCGUACCGGAUACUCCAGAGGAACGUGCCCGAUUCUCCAAGACUGUCCCCUUGCAGAGAAUGGGAGAUAUUGACGCUAUUGCUCAUGCUGCUGUUUACUUGGCGAGUGACGAGGCCAAUUUUGUGACUGGAAUUAACUUCCCUGUUGACGGAGGGAGGCUGGCCGUGUGA